AUGUCCUAUCUAUGUGGAAAAUUGUGUUCAACUAUUUUAUUAGAACAUUUUGGACCAAUUGUUCAAAAAGUUGGAGAUUGUUUAUUUCAAAAUGAUUCACAAACUUUAUUUUUUAUUCGUAGACAUACAUCUCUUCCAAUGGAGAAGAUAAAAGAAUCACUCUGUGUUUUAAUUAAAUUUGGACUGGUGACAUUUGAUCAGCAAGGAAAACUUUUUUGGUAUAAAAUACAUUCUGAAAAGAUCAUUACAAUGUUGCGUUACUCUAGAUUUAUGUUUUUUAUAAAAAAGUGUAGUGGAGAUGAAUGUGAAAUAAUAUUCGAGGAAAUAUUAAAACAAGGAAAUGAAACUGCAUCUCAAGUAAUUAUCAAGACUUAUCAAAAGAUAGCACAAGUUAGUCAAGAACCAUCUGUCGAGAAUUUAGUAAAUAAAUUUCAAUUAUUAGUUAAAAAUCAAUUUCUAAUACGAAAUAUUAACGAUAAACCUGAAAAAUCAAUUAAUAGCUGUGAGUUUGAUAUGCCGAAAUUAAAUAUAAGUUCAAUCAUAAAAAAAAUUCAAGGAAUUGAAGCAGAUCCUGGUGACAGUAAGAUUUAUUGGAAAGUCAACUUUGACAGAUUAAUACAAGACUUAAGGGAUGAGAUUGUGGUGAGUGCAGUAGAAAGGAUGAUUGAUAAUCAUGCUAGUGAAUUGAUGCGUCAACUUAUUUAUUUAAUGUAUACCCGAACAGCUUCUUGGGUAGACACAUCGAAUCCUAUUCCUUACCAUGAAAUCAAAGAUAAAGUUAAAAAUUUAAAUGCUCCAGAACUCUAUGAUUACUUGGAUCAAUACUUGCAACUUCUAGUGGACGAUCCCAGAAGAUUCGUUAAACGAGUUGGAGACUCAGGUGGUGGUCAAUUCUGUGUUGAUAUGAAAGAAGCUUUUGCUCAACUGGCUUGGGCUACAAUAGAAAAUAUUGUACUUGAACGAUUUGGAUCUAAAGCAGCAAGAAUUUUUCGAUUAGUUCGCAGUGAAAAAUUUAUUGAACAACAACAUAUACAUGAAUUAAUUAUGUUUCCUGUAAAGGAAGCUAAGGAUCUGACUUAUGCGCUUUUGGAAAAGAAUUAUUUAAAAAUGCAAGAAAUCAAAAAAAUGAAUGCAUCUGCUGCACCAUCGAAAAUAUUUUAUUUAUUUCACAUUGAUAUUAAUCAAGUGGUUCGUAUGGAAAUUGAACAUUGUUAUCAUGCACUUUACAAUACCAUACAAAGGCGGAAUCAUGAAAUUUCCAGCAACAAGCGUAUGAUGGAUAAAAAUAUUAGAUUGCAAACUCUUAUUAGUAAUUUAAAAGAACAUGGUGCUCCUGAAGAUCAAAUAGAACAGAUGGAAAAGCUUAUUACUCCAUCGGAACAAACACAAUUAGACAAAGUACAGAAAACAAUUAAAACUCUAGGAGGAGCUGAACUCUACAUUGAAGAUACUUUAUUUUUAUUAACAAUGUACUUGCGGUAUCAUUAAUAUUAAUAUAAUGAUAAUAAAUAAAACAAAAAUAAUUUUCAUAUUUUCAAAA